UUCUAUGGUUACAGCCAAAAGGCCGGCAUGUCCGCUCUCGGAUCCUCUCUGGUUUUAACAAACGCAUCGAAAAACUGAGUGGUUCGUAAAAAGAUGAGAGGUAUGAUAUCUAGAUAUUCGUCUAUUCGAAGAAGCAGACAUGCUGGAUCUGUCAAAAUCGGUUUAUGGUUAUGGUUAUUCCGACAAUUCCCAACAACGAAAGUUUCAUCGUGCGAUUUAUGAUCCACGUCAGUGGAUCGCACGUGGGAGCGAAUAGUGGACUCGACAAAAUCUAGGCGUGGACGAUGGGGUUGAAUGAUUGCGCGGACUCGGAGAGGGUGGGAUGCGGCUUCAGCACGUUCAGGGAGGUGGACGAGGUGACCACCUUGAUAGCGGAAUUGAGACGGUCAGAUCUGCAGGCGAGUCUCGUGGAGCGGAACCGGGAUCGCUUCAAUUUCAUUCUCUCUCAGUAUCAGGAUCAGCACCAUCUCCUCGAUCCGUAUCUUGAGAGAAUCUUAGAAUCCCUGCUGUCGAUCAUCAAGAACGACGAUUGCCCGGAAAGCGUCAAACACAAUACGUUUAAGUAUCUCUUUAUCAUCAUGUCCGUGAAGACGUACAAGAGGAUUGUUACUUACCUCCCGCAUGAGGUAGUCGAUCUCUUGCCUGUGUUAAGGAUGCUUGAGAAGCAGGAUUCAAACGACGUGGAAACGUGGGAGACCAGAUAUGUUCUGCUCGUCUGGUUGUCCAUCAUCUCGAAGAUACCGUUUCCGCUGUCUCGCCUAGAGACGUCCGAGAAUGUAGAUCCGGAGCAAACUAUUAUUGUCAGGAUUUUAAAAGUGUGCAAACUGUACUGUCUAUCGAAGGAUGCGUGCGCUGUGGCGGCUGUAUUUUUAAUAGCAAACUUUUUAACACGAUCGGAUGUCAAGAAAUUAUACUUGAAAGAAAUGAUUAUGUGGUGUUUAAAGUGUAUAGAAGAUGAUCCUUUGAGACAUGGACCUUUGGCUGUAAUAGCCUCAAUUUUAAAGCAUAGUGCCAGAGAAGACGUCAAGCCAUAUAGUCAAAUGCUUCUCGAUAAUAUGUUGAAACUUCGACUAAGUGACAAUCCAGCAGAUCUUAUUAGAAAAUUUGGAAUAAAGGUUGUCCAGCGUAUAGGUCUGGUAUUGUUGAGAACAAAAUUAGCAUCUUGGCGCUAUCAGAAGACGAGUCGACCGAUAAGUAUUAUGCCUAAUGUUAAAGCAGAUAAUAUUGAUAAUACCGAAAGUAUUACUGAUAUUAAAAAAAGUAUUUCGAAUAAUGACAAUGAAGAUCAGGAAAUUCCUCCAGCGAUUGAGGAUAUAAUAGAGCAGCUCAUACAAGGUCUUCGGGAUAAAGCAAUUACUAUAAGGUGGUCUGCAGCAAAAGGUAUUGGCAGAAUAACCGCGAGAUUGCCAGUAGACUUAGCUGACGAUGUCCUGGGUUUUGUAUUAAAUCUUUUUUCCGGGCGUGAAUCAGAUUCAGCGUGGCACGGUGGUUGUUUGGCGCUCGCAGAACUUGGAAGACGUGGCCUAUUGUUACCUCAUCGUUUGAGCGAUGUCAUUCCCGUGGUUCUGCAGGCCUUAGUCUUUGACGAACCUAGAGCUUACGGAUCGAUUGGUUAUUUGAUCAGGGAUGCCGCUUGUUACAUAUGUUGGUCUUUUCCAAGAGCCUACGAUCCGCAUGUUUUCGAACGUUAUGUCAAAGAAAUUGCAGCAAUGUUAUUAGUUGUAACGUGCUUCGAUAGAGAGAUAAACUGUAGGAGAGCGGCGUCUGCGGCAUUUCAAGAGAACGUUGGCAGACAAGGCAACUUUCCACAUGGUAUAGACAUACUGACUGUCGCUGACUAUUUUGAAGUUGGCGUAAGGAGUCAUACGUACCUUAAAAUCAGCGUACAAAUCGCGCAAUACGAAGAAUACAAGAAGCCUUUGAUAGAUCAUCUAGUGGCGAAAAAGGUUACGCAUUGGGAUACCGCAAUCAGGGAGCUCUCGGCUAGAUCGCUUUUUAAUCUGACGGCAGCUGAUCCACAUUACAUGAUAAAUACAAUAGUGCCGACUUUGUUGGACAUGCUAAAUUCUAUCGACUUGAAUGUUAGGCACGGUGCAGUGCUAGCCACUGCGGAAAUUCUCGAAGCUUUAUAUAAUCACUUUAAUGACAAAAUUGGAUGUAUCAUCGGAGCCACGGCUGUAGCUGAUAUACAGGAUAUAGUGCGUACUUUCAGAAAUAGAGGACAAUUUAAAGGUCUUGGGGGAGAGCUAAUGAAACAAGCUUGUGCUGUGCUAAUAAAAAAAUGCUCCAUUGUUCACUUUCCUAUUCAUUUUACGGAUGUUGUAGAUGACUGGCAAAAAUUAUUAGAAGAAUGCUUGAGCCACGAAGUUUCGGCAGUCAAAUUAAAAGCAGCCGAAGCGCACACGAACUUUUUUCUAGAAUAUUACGUCGACAUCGAUUACGAUGCUCGAGGUGUUGUAGUCAAUCGUUACCUGGAGUCGCUGCAAUCAAAUAAUCAGUCCAUUAGAAUAGGAUUUGCACAAGCAAUAGGACAUUUCUCACUGUUCGUAAUUCGUGAAAGAGUGAAAGACAUUAUAAGCUCGUUAAUCACAUGCACUCACGUAUCUGAGAACACACUGAAAUGGGCGGAGAGUAGAAAGGAAGCUUUACACUCUUUAACAAUGAUACUGCAAACAUUAGGAAUUGAUGAAGUCGACAAAUGGCAGUCGUUUGUGACAGAUCUGUACGACUGUUAUUUGUUGGCUCUUAAAGAAUAUACGAUAGAUAGUCGUGGUGAUAUAGGCGCUUGGGUGAGAGAAGCAGCUAUGAUUGGACUACACGUGUUGACAAACCUAGUAUCGCAAGCAAAACUAUCGUCUGUACUGAAUGAAGAUUUAAUGGCUGGAAUUAUUGGCGGUAUCGCACAGCAAGCUGUCGAGAGGAUCGAUGGAAUUCGAGCUCAGGCUGGUACUGUAUUCAGUGCGCUUAUACACAGCGAUCCGCCACUUGCAAAUAUACCAUAUCAUAACGAGUUGAAAGCUAUAUUUCCGUAUAACGAAUGUAAGGAGACUAUCGAAUGGCGAAUGGAAUCUGCAACGUUUCCACGAUUUAUUAAGAUGUUAAGUUUUCCACCGUAUAAAAUGAAUUUAUUACGCGGAAUUAUAUUUAGCGUCGGCGGUUUAAGCGAGUCUUUGGUAAAAUAUUCGAGCGUUUCUUUAUUUACUUAUCUACAAGAGAUCGAUGAGGUGGGUUUAAGGGAUUUAUGUGAAAAAAUAUUAAAUAUAUUUGAAGAGAGUCACAAAAAUGAAAGAAUGAUAACAUCGAUGUUGGCCUUCUUGGAUCGUUUGUUGAGUUCAGGCUGCAUUCAGUCUGUCUUAGAUGAUGCAGACAAUACAAUCUCAGAGCGUAUAUUGACACUAUUGAAACACGAAAUAAAAUAUUCCAGCAAUAUGAAACUGCUCAUUAGCAGUAUAAAUGUUUUCUGCCAGUUACUACAGGUACGAGGACCUGUUGCAAAGAGGGCAUUUUGUCAAUUGAGCAUAUUUUUGUGUCACAAAUAUACGAGCUUAAGGAAGACAACGGCUAUACGUACUUACGAAGCAUUGACCCUUUAUGGAGAGGAGAUGGAUAUAGCGGAGGAAGAUUUAGCGAAUAUACUCACAAAAUUGAACGCUACAGAUUGGGAACAGCCAAUCGCGGAUUUACGUCCAAUCAGAAAUAACUUGUGUGAAUUGAUGAAGGUACCUGCUCCAGUUUUGCAAAUGAAAUCAACGAAUUGAGAAAGACUAGUUGUUUAAAGUGCAAAAAAAGUCGUAGCUUUUUAUUAAAAUUAUAUUUUAUUUCUACACUUAAAUGACAUAAAGCGAGACAAAAUUUUAUCGCUAAUAUAAUAUGCAGUUAUAAGGUAGAGAUUGCGACAAUUCUUACAGUCAAGUAAGACUUUAAUGCUAAACUCUAAUACUGUCUACAAUUCAAAAAUAUAUUGUACAUACGUACGCGCGAGAACAUAAUCUUUUUGUAUCAUGCAAGCUUAUACAUUUUGUAAAAUGCAUUUAAUAAUUUUUAAUGCGUUAUUUUAUACAGACUGAAUAUGUAAAAAAUAUUUCUACAAUACCAAAAAAAAAAAAGAAAGAAAAAAGAAAAAUAGAAAUACUUAUAAAAUUUAUUCGGAUUCAUAAUUCCCACUACAGCUCACUAAGAAUCAUUCGAGUAUUUAUAUUAUCAAAAAAUUGUGAAAAAAAUUGUAUAUAUUCGAGUAUUUAUAUUAUCAAAAA